AUGGGCACGUCUGGACGUAUUAACUUCACUGUGCGCAGUCUCCUGGAUUUACCCGAACAAGAUGCACAGCACCUGCGGAAAGGAGACUCGGAACCACCGACCGGUGGUCCUUACUCCAAAUGGAUGGAGAAUGACCGAAGUCACUACCCCUCUUCAGACGAGAGUAGCGCAGAGACCAAUCUGUCAGACUCCACACCGCGGCUUCCGCCCCUGCCUCCUGCAGAGCUACCUGGUUCCGACUUGGAAAAGAGGAAGAAGCGGCGGGUGCUAUUCUCCAAGGCUCAGACUCUGGAACUGGAGCGGCGUUUCCGGCAGCAGCGCUACCUUUCGGCUCCAGAGAGGGAACAGCUGGCUCGACUCUUGAGCCUGACGCCCACUCAAGUCAAAAUCUGGUUCCAGAACCACCGCUACAAGAUGAAGCGUGCCCGGAGUCACGGGCCUCUGGGUCCUGCCUGUGUCGCGGACCUGAGUCCAACUCCUGGGUUGUUACGCCGGGUGGUAGUCCCGAUAUUAGUCCGUGACCAAAAGGCUUGCCAAGGUUGUGAACCUAAUCUGGCAACUGCUCUGGACAAGCCGAAUUUGGCUCAAGCUGCCACCGCCUCCGCUUGCAUGCUUCCAGGCUAUGCUUCUUUCCCCGCCAGUCCCACUGCUGCGCUUAGCCUAUUUCACGUUAAUCAGCAUUUAGGGCACCCGACGCUAGUCUCUUGGAACUGGUGA